AUGACCCGAUCUCACGCAAAGAACAAUACGACUCAAUCGACAUUAUCAUAUUACGAACGUACACUUCUACGUAAAGAUGGAGCUGCAAGGAGAUUAGGAAGAGAUUCAUUCAAACCGUUAGAUUCAUGUUAUCUUUGUCUAUCAACAGUCGAUGAUCCAGUCGCGUGUCAAUCAGGUCACGUAUAUUGUAAAGGAUGUUGCAUAUCAGAUUUGAUCAGUCAAAAAGCUGGAAUCGAAAUAAAGAAAAGAGAAAUGGAACAAUGGGAUGAAAAUGAAAAAUUGGAAAAACAAGAAGCAAUGUUAAGAGCAAGAGAAAGAGUCAUAAUUGAUUUUGAAAAAGGAAUGGGUCUAGGUUUAAAUGGUUCUUCUACAUCGUCAGGAGGAUCAACGAUCAAAAGAAUACCUAUAGGCGAAGAAGAGAAAGGAAAGUCAACCAAUGGAAAUGGAAAUGGAAGUGGAAUAGGAUUAGGAAAAUUCGAAUUGAAUCAAAAUCACGUCGAGACAGCAGCUUCAGAAGCAGAAUCGAAAGCUUUAGCUAAAAUUGAAAUUGAACAGAUUGAAUCUAGAAAAUCAAAACUAGCUGCUUUUUGGUUACCUUCUUUAACACCUGAAGCGAAAUUAGGUCCAUUGAAAGAUGUCAAACUGCAAACGCUUUGUCAUAUGGGUGGAUUACCACAUCCUAUUUCUCGAAAAACACUCUUACCUGUAAUAUUCACUUAUCCGCCUUUAUCAUCCAAACCAAUCUGCCCAACUUGUACCAAGGAAUUGUCAAAUUCGACAUCAUCCAUACUCCUUUCAUCGCGCGAACCACUAUCCUCUUCAACCAUCGUCAAGAAUGACGAGGAGGAGGAUGGAGAUGGCGAGGCUAGUAGGAAAAAGAAGAAACAAAAGAAAGAUAAAGAUGAAAAACCAUUCGUUUGUGGUCAUGUAAUAUGUCAAACUUGUUCAGAUACAAUAGUUAAACCUCAAGGUAGAUGUUGUGUUUGUGAAGCUAAAAUAAACGAUGAUGGUAGAAUACCUUUAGGUAAAGAAGGUACAGGUUUCGCAGCUGCUGGUGGGGCAGAGGUGAAACGAGAAGGUGUAGCUUUCCGUGUAUAG